UUGCACUUCCCGGGGACGUCGCCAGGGGUCGCCAGGCUCUUUGUUUUCCUUUCGGGCCCGGGGUCGAGGCCGGAGGCCCGCAGAGCGCAUGCUCUGGGCCAGUUCGCGGCCCGGCGGGCGAGAGGAGGAGUUCCUUGUCGCCGACCGGCACGGAGGACAGAAAGAUGCCACCCAAACGCAUAGCUAAGAAAAGGUCACCCCCAGAAGAUGCCCUCCCCAAAAGCAAGAAGGUGAAGAUCUCACAUAGGUCCCACAACACAGAGCCAGGCUUGGUGCUGACACUGGGCCAGGGCGACGUGGGCCAGCUGGGGCUGGGAGAGAACGUGAUGGAGAGGAAGAAGCCAGCCCUGGUGCCCAUUCCAGAGGACGUUGUGCAGGCCGAGGCUGGGGGCAUGCACACUGUGUGUCUAAGCAAAAGUGGCCAGGUCUAUUCCUUCGGCUGCAAUGACGACGGUGCCCUGGGAAGGGACACAUCGGUGGAGGGCUCAGAGAUGGUCCCUGGAAAAGUGGAGCUGCAAGAGAAGGUGAUACAGGUGUCAGCAGGAGACAGUCACACAGCAGCCCUUACCGAGGACGGCCGUGUCUUCCUCUGGGGUUCCUUCCGGGACAAUAACGGUAUUAUUGGGCUUUUGGAGCCCAUGAAGAAGAGCCUGGUGCCCGUGCAGGUGCAGCUGAGUACGCCUGUGGUGAAAGUGGCCUCAGGCAACGACCACUUGGUGAUGCUGACAGCUGAUGGCGACCUCUACACUUUGGGCUGCGGGGAGCAGGGCCAGCUGGGCCGUGUGCCUGCGUUAUUUGCAAAUCGCGGUGGCCGGCAGGGCCUUGAACGACUCCUGGUCCCCAAAUGUGUGAUUCUGAAAUCCAGGGGAAGUGGGGGUCAUGUGAGAUUCCAGGAUGCCUUCUGUGGUGCCUACUUCACCUUUGCCAUCUCUCGUGAAGGCCAUGUCUAUGGCUUUGGCCUCUCCAACUACCAUCAGCUUGGGACCUCAAGCACGGAAUCUUGCUUUGUACCCCAGAACCUGACGUCCUUCAAGAACUCCACCAAGUCUUGGGUAGGCUUCUCUGGAGGCCAGCACCAUACUGUCUGCAUGGAUUCAGAAGGAAAAGCAUACAGCCUGGGCCGGGCUGAGUAUGGGCGGCUGGGCCUUGGGGAGGGUGCUGAGGAGAAGAGCAUACCAACCCUCAUCUCCAGACUACCUGCUGUCUCCUCAGUGGCUUGUGGGGCCUCUGUGGGGUAUGCUGUGACCAAAGAUGGUCGUGUUUUUGCCUGGGGCAUGGGCACCAACUAUCAGCUGGGCACCGGGCAGGAAGAGGAUGCCUGGAGCCCGGUGGAGAUGACUGGCAAGCAACUGGAGAACCGAGUGGUCUUAUCUGUGUCCAGUGGGGGGCAGCAUACAGUCUUACUGGUCAAGGACAAGGAACAGAGCUGAUGAAGCCUCUGAGGGCCUGCCCAUCCUCCCUCCCAAAACAGGAAAGCCACGAGGACUACAGAUUCCAGCAGGCCUUCCCAAGCCCUGAGUACUCUGUCAUCUCCUGCCUUUUUCCCAUCAGCAGAACAGAAUCCUUUUCCUCUUUUUCUUCCUCCUUUCCGGAAUCAUCCUGGGGCCUGCAGGGUGAAAGGGGUCAGGGGCAACAACAUAAUUUAAGAGGGUAGGGGCUUUGCCUGAGGACCAUUGCUCAGCUCAGAGCUGUGUGAUUAUCCCUCUCUCAUCCACCACCCAUGGUCCUGGCUGGCCCUGGUUUUGCCUACCAAAAAACCAAAACUUCCUCCCCUGGGGAUUUGGUGCCUACACGGAGAAGUGGGGGCUCCAUCCAGCUCAGUACUGUAGUCAUGUGCCACUCUUCCUGUCCUUCACAGUCCCCAGACAAAGGGUAGUCAUCAGUCAGACCCAGCUGUUGUGGGCCGAUGCCUGAGGAACUGGAGAAGGGGCAAGGCUACUCAGCUGUGGCCACCCCAAGCCAAAUACUUGGCCCUGAACAGGUGUGCAUGGGCAAAACCAAAACAGUCCACUUACCAAGAAAGAAGCCGAUCUGCCUUUCUCCCAGAAGCACAAAGCAUUCUGCCUUGCAGGCGUUGCCUGCUUUUCCACCCUUGCAACCUGCUCAACUUCAAGGACCCCAGAUCUGGAAAGAAAGCUUUGCCUGCAGGGCAGGACACAGGGAAGUGGAGGGAUAUGGAGGGCUUUAUAAACAAAUUUAUAGCAAUAUUGAGCCUGAAAGGGGGGAGGACUGAGGGUGGGAGAGGCUGGUCCCCAGAAAGGGAAGUAGUAGCUUGUACAGUGGCUGAGGAAAUAGAAAACAGUUUGAUUUUCUUUUUUAAUGUAAGAAGAAGGGAGGGGAGAGUGGAAUCUUUUAACACUUUUAAUAAAUUUAGAGUUUUAUAAAACAGGCCACUUGUUUUCUACACACUCCCUGCUUUUUUAAGGGAGCACCUGCUGUGUUGGGAAGGGCAGAAUAAAGCCCUCCUGUGGACCUAGUCAAGGCUAGGGCAGUGAUGUCGGGAUGUCUCAGUUUGUGCCCAUAAGCUGUUGGUAGUGACUGCUCCAUGCAAUCAAAGAGAAAGAUUAGAUUGAUUUUCCCCCUAAUUAUUUAUGUAUCACAAAUCACCGGGUUUUAAAUUAUGCUGCAUAAUAUGAGUUACAUGGAAUGAAUCUUAAUACUCUAAGCCCAAACCAAGAGUGAUCACAGAACCUCUCUAGAAAUACUUAUUCUAAGCUUGCUGUUGUAUUAUUGUCAACAGCUGAUGUAAUUGAUUAAACACGAUUAAUUGCACAAUAGCUCUCCAGACAACUUACACAUAUUAAUGUAGGUUUCCUCACAGGCAUUUGAACAGCAAAACCAUUGAGCUGACCAAUAUGGUGCUCAUGAGCUACAUGUGACUUUUACAAUAAAUCAAAACAUGUAAAAUUUUGAGAUUGACUUCUGCAGUUCAUAUAGGUCUAUACAAUUAUAGAAAUAUAUAGAACUGCAGAAAGUUAUGCAAUGCUGAUAAUAGACUGUAUAUGUGUAACAAAGUUUUAUUAGCACCAGAAGGAUUUUUUGGGUGUUGGUGAUUUGAAGAAAUUAAUAUAAUGUAAAAAAUUGAAAUGUAUUCUGUGAUUUUUUUUCUAAACUUUUUUUUUCUUCAAGUACACAUUGAAGUGUAACACAUACAAGUGUUCAUCUUAACUUUUUUUUUUACAAAUGAACAUACCAUGUAACCAUCAUCCCAAUCAAGAAAUAAAAACAUUACUCAUAAGCAGACAUUACUAUCUUCAGAAUUACCACUCUGAUCAGUUUUUUUAGGAUAAUAUGGUUUUUACUGGUUUCUUUGGUGUUGUGUUGGUGAGAAUCUGCACUGUUGCAUAUAGCAUUGCUUUACUGCUGCUGUAGGGAGACACCAUAGCUUACAUAAUCUCCUAAUGUAAUUUGAAUUGGUUUCAGGUUGGAGCUAUUACAAAUCUGCUGUGCACAUUUUGAUACAUUAAUUUUAUGGUGACUGGGGUUGUGAGUUUAUUCUAGGUAUGUUUGCACAAAUGAAACUGCUGGGUCACAGACAAUGCUCAUGCUUUUAUUAGAUACUGUGCCAAAGUACUUCUACAUAAACCGUGAAUGUACAAGAUCUCUGGUUGAUCCAGAAUAUCAUCAACACUUGAGUUUGACUUUUUCAUUUUAGCCAAUCAUGUAAUUGUAGUUAUAUUUAAAUAGCUCUUAAUUGGCAUUUCCCUAAUAUAUAUGAACUUUUAGUUUUGAUGCAGUCACUAUAUUAAUUAGAAAUUGAUUUUUUGGAAAAAAUCAUGUAUUUGGUUUUAAUGUUUUCUUUGUAAAGAAACUCAUGUCUGCUCUCCUUCCCCCCAACAAAAAUUAAAAAUUCAUUUGGAUUAGAUAUUCUGGAGUGUCCCCUUUGAUUAUAAUAGCAUACUGAAAGUAUUCUAUACUUAAUAACAGCUCUUAGGGACUUAAAAUGGGCCAGUCAUUGUUCUGAAUAUUUUACAUGCAAUAAUAGCUUGUUUUAUCCUCAUGUCAUCCCUCAAAUUAGGGUUUGCUCUCCCUCAGGAAAACAGUUCUGGGAGUCAAGAAACUACCAACUAUAAAGACAAAGGUGGAAUCUAAAUCAGCCUCCACCUGAGCCCAGAAACUCCUUUUCCAUAUAUGCAUGUAAGUUAUGAAGCACAUAAUAAAUGCUCUUUUAAAUCUCUAUCAGGAAUAUUGCACAUUAUUCCCUGU